UGUCCGGAUGACGGGCAUGAUGCUGUCAAAAAUCAUUUUCACGCCGACCGCCGACGUCAGCCGCUGUGUUGUGAAACCGGAUUUUCUUCAGCACCCAUUUUUUAUACAUUUUCAACAGGAUGCCUCUGCAGCUGACCAAGCCCGCGCCCCAGUGGAAGACCACCGCGGUGGUCAACGGAGAGUUCAAGGACAUCUCGCUGUCCGACUACAAGGGCAAAUAUGUCGUGCUAUUCUUCUACCCGUUGGACUUCACGUUCGUGUGCCCGACCGAGAUCAUCGCGUUCUCGGAGCGAGCCGAUGACUUCCGCAAGAUCGGCUGCGAGGUCAUCGCCGCUUCCACCGACUCGCACUUCACGCAUCUGGCCUGGAUCAACACCCCGCGCAAACAGGGUGGUCUCGGCCCAAUGAACAUCCCGAUCAUCAGCGACAAGUCGCACCGCAUCGCGCGCGACUACGGCGUGCUCAAUGAGGAGACCGGCAUUCCCUUCAGGGGCCUGUUCAUCGUCGACGACAAGCAGAACCUGCGCCAGAUCACCGUCAACGACCUGCCUGUUGGCCGAUCCGUCGAGGAGACGCUCCGCCUGGUGCAAGCCUUCCAGUACACCGACAAGUACGGAGAAGUGUGUCCCGCCAACUGGCAGCCCGGCUCCAAGACCAUCAAGCCGGACACCAAGGCGGCGCAAGAAUAUUUCGUCGACGCCAACUGAGCAAACACUACAUCUUUAACGCAAUAGUGGAACGGGAGUUUUGGAAUACGCGAAAGUACAUAGUUGUUAAUUUUAGUGCGGUGUCUAUGUGAUGGAUUACCAUUGUAAGAAUGAUUUUUUUUUAUUAUAAAUAGUUUUGGAAGUUAGCGACUAUGUACUGAGCUAGUAUUUCAAAACGAGCCUACCAGUAACUUAGAUGUUGUUAACUAUUCCAUUGUAAUGGCUAUUUCUAAACUUAUUAAUCAUUCACUCAGAAGCGGUCGUCUUUUUGUAUGAAAAGGUCGAAUAGAUUUCGAGUUCACAUAUCUAUAACAACAUCUAAUUUAAAAUUGUAUUGACGAUUGCAUUUAUUUGGAAGUAUUUUAAAUACUGAAUAAUUCUGUUGAACGGAAUUAGAUUUUUCUUAUUGCAUCGUCGUGGACAAAAGUGCCUAAACUGGUGAAAACUACUUUUCAUUGAAAAAGUGUUUUAAAUUGUUAGAUACUUUUGCGUGGGACAGGAAUUUAUGCAAUCGUCAUGAGAGUAGUGUAGUAAAUGUAUCAGCGAAUAAAAUUUGCGAAUCUCAGCGCAAAUGCAGUCUUGACAAUAGUAAAGACGACAAUACCUCUCGCAAAGAUCAGUAUUUACCGAGAUCCUGUGUUAACCUUGAAUCGAGGCUGUAAUAAAUGCUAUGUUUUA